AUGUCAGUCCAAAUCAACAAGAAUAAUAGAAAAGCUACUGCUAGUAGAAUCACCCAAGAAACUAAGAUUCAAAUCGCGAUUAAUCUUGAUGGUGGUCCGUUAGACUUUGAACACUCCAUCUUGGGCAAAUCGUACGAAGAGGACUUGAAAAUCCACAAUGAAAAAUCCCUUGUUGAAUCUCAUCAAUAUCUUGAGAUCCACACCGGUAUUGGUUUCUUGGACCAUAUGAUCACUGCGCUUGCUAAGCAUGGUGGGUGGUCCUUGAUUGUCGAAUGUAUCGGGGACUUACAUAUCGAUGAUCAUCACACCACAGAAGAUGUUGGAAUCCUUCUCGGUGAUGUGUUCCACAAAGCCAUUGGUCACAUCAAAGGUGUUAAAAGAUUUGGUAGUGGAUUUGCUCCAUUAGAUGAAGCCUUAUCUAGAGCAGUUGUUGACUUGUCAAAUAGACCAUUUGCCGUUAUUGAAUUAGGUUUGAAAAGGGAAAAAAUUGGUGACUUGAGUUGUGAAAUGAUUCCUCAUUUCUUGGAAAGUUUUGCGGAAAGUGCUAGAGUUACUUUGCACGUUGAUUGUUUGAGAGGUUUCAAUGAUCAUCAUAGAAGUGAGUCUGCGUUUAAGGCGUUGGCUAUUGCUAUCAAGGAAGCCAUUUCUUAUACUGGAUCCAAUGAUGUUCCAAGCACCAAAGGUGUUUUAUUCUGA